AUGAGACAGCAUUUUUCUCCCGUUCUUAACUCGCUUGCGAGCGUGUUCAGGAUUUCCGCCCAGCCUUCACCCUUUCAGCGGUCCGGCCUACUCAGCCAAACAUGCAGGAACACACUGGGAUCAGGUUCAAUUAUAUCCUCCGUCAAUGCUCUCAGACCAUUCUCCUCUAGUUCAACGUUACAGGCGAGAAAGGGUCCUGUAAAAAUUGACAAACGAGUUACUUUAAUCCGUUAUUUCCUCAACCACCCGCUCACACCUCGUCCACUCCAUUUCUCACGUAAUCGAUAUCUCCGCCACUGGACAAUUCAUCGAGCUUGGCAGUUGUACAGUGCCAAACAGCGAAAAGCCCAGGAGCUGGAACUUGAACGCCAAUGGGCUAGCAUGAAAGCUGCAUGCGAGGAACUUCGCACUGGUGUUGGUGAUGGUGGAAAAUUGUUCCGUACCUCGAUGAACAAGAAAGGUGUGUUUUCAGAUGGUAUCCCGAUUGAAUAUGGCCGACUACAGACCGAAAGUCCUAGCAAGGAUGGAUGGGAUUAUUCUUGGAAGCCAUGA